UUGUCCUAAAACUACAAGUCUUCUUCUAACCAAAAGUAACCACCUUUUAAUCUUUUUUUUUAUAAAGACUGAAUCUUGAUUUCUACUGUUUACUGAACCAGACCCAUAGAUGUAUCUGCUUUUGUCUUAAAAAGAUCUAUGUUUUGUUUAGAUAUGGUGGUUGACUUGAUCUAAUCUUGCUCAGCUCUUGCUUAUCUGCAAAUUUAGUGCUAGCCCAUUUCGAGAUUUUCAGUUUUGUUGCAUAUAUAUAAUGGGGUUUGUUGAUUUGUAUGGUUUGGUUGAUUGGGAGCAAGAAUCAUAUCCGGAGUAUCAAGAUUUGGCUGUUCUGCCUUUGUUUGCUGUGUUUUUCCCCUCAGUUAGAUACUUUCUUGACAGAUUUUUAUUUGAGAAAGCAGGGAGAUGGUUGAUAUUUGGAAAUGAACAUCAGAAGCUGGAUCUCGAGACAAAUGAUAGGAAAAAGAAGAUACGAAAGUUCAAGGAAUCAGCUUGGAAAUGUCUUUAUUUUCUUUCAGCAGAGAUAUUUGCUCUUUCUGUAACCUAUAAUGAGCCUUGGUUCACUGACACUAGCAAAUUUUGGUCGGGCCCUGGAAAUCAAGUUUGGCCAGAGCAGAAAACUAAGUUAAAGCUAAAAGGACUAUAUAUGUAUACUGGUGGAUUCUAUACAUACUCCAUAUUUGCUUUGAUAUUCUGGGAAACGAGGCGGGCUGAUUUUGGGGUAUCUAUGGGUCAUCAUUUAGCAACUGCCAUCCUCAUCAUAUCGUCGUACAUAUUAAGAUUUAUUCGAGUGGGUUCUGUUAUUCUGGCUCUUCAUGAUGCUAGUGAUGUAUUUCUUGAAGUUGGCAAGAUGUCCAAAUAUGGAGGAGCAGAGGGACUUGCUAGCUUUUCAUUUAUCCUGUUCGUCUUAUCAUGGAUUUUACUUCGCCUUAUCUACUAUCCAUUCUGGGUCCUGAGGAGUACAAGUUAUGAGCUUCUCAAGGUUUUGGACAAGGAGAAGUACAGAGUUGCCUACUAUUACAUAUUCAAUACUCUUCUCUUCUCCUUACUUGUUCUUCAUGUAUACUGGUGGGUGUUGAUGUAUAGAAUGCUUGUCAAACAAAUUCAAGCAAGAGGCCAACUUAGUGAGGAUGUCCGAUCUGAUUCUGAAGAUGAAACGGAACAUGAAGAUUAAUUAUGCUGCUUUAUGACUCAGCCAAUGAUAAUUCACAAGAUAUAGAGAAUAAGAGAAUCCAGAGUUUACACGAUAUUUGGUGUCCAGUUAAAGCACAGAACGUUAAAAAGAUUUUUCUGGUAGCUGAGGGGCCAUCGUGUAGUAUAUACUGAGAAAGUGAAAUCCGUGGGAAAGCAAACGUAGCAGAGAGUUGAUUUGUUAAUGGAAUAGCAGUCCAUCUAUUUUAACUUGCCCCCAUUAUCAGGUCGAUUGUUCACCUGGUAAAGCUUGCAUAUAAAAUAUUUGUAUAUUUAAACGAGCUGUAUAUACAGAUUGUUCUACGUGUAACGUGCUAUUGCCGUCAGCAAAUCAGUUGAUAAUUAAGGAUAAGGCAUUUUUGAUGAUUCUA